GCAGAGCGGCGGGCCCUGCACCAGCGAACCCAGGCGGCGGCGGCACCUGCCGGCCGAGCUAUAGACCAUUCUUAGGAGAAUGGAGAAAAAUAAACACCUCAGCUGUUCGUUGUUGUGAGGCUUCAUCCCCAGCAGAACUCAGUGCACAGAAGGCUGGUGUGGACAGCACGAUGUCAGUCAUGCAACGCUAAAUGAUAACAGUUCUGUGAAACUGAGAAUCGAUUGCUCAAGGCCUUCCCUGCAAUGGUACAUCUGUGCUCAGAACAAGAUGAGAAGACCUAGCUUGCUGUUAAAAGACAUCCUCAAAUGUAUGUUGCUUGUGUUUGGAGUGUGGAUCCUUUAUAUCCUCAAGUUAAAUUACAUCUCUGAAGAAUGUGACAUGAAAGAAAAGCAUUUUGUGGACCCUGACCGCAUAAAGAGAGCUCAGAGACGUGCUCAGCAAGUCCUGCAGAAGGAAUGUCGGCCCAGAUUUGUGAAGACAGCAAUGGCGCAGCUAUUUGAGCACAGAUAUAGCCUAGACUUGGCACCCUUCGUGCAGAAGGUCCCUGGAGCCAGUGAGUCCGAGUACAAGUAUGAUCCUCCCUUUGGAUUCCACACUUUCUCCAAUAAAGUCCAGUCCCUCCUGGAAAUACUGCCCGAGCAUGACUUCCCUGAACACUUGAAAGCCAAGCACUGUCAGCGCUGUGUGGUGAUCGGGAGCGGGGGAAUUCUGUACGGACUGGAGCUGGGGCAUUCCCUGAACCAGUUCGACAUUGUUAUAAGGUUAAACAGUGCACCAGUUGAGGGAUAUUCCGAGCAUGUUGGAAAUAAAACUACUAUAAGGAUGACCUAUCCAGAGGGUGCACCACUAUCUGAUGCUGAAUAUUAUGCCAACGACUUGUUUGUCACUGUUCUAUUUAAGAGUGUUGAUUUCAGUUGGCUUCAAGCAAUGGUAAAAAAUGAAACAUUGCCAUUUUGGAUCCAACUCUUCUUUUGGAAGCAGGUGGCAGAAAAAAUCCCACUACCACCAAAACACUUCAGGAUUUUGAAUCCAGUUAUUAUCAAAGAGACUGCCUUUGACAUCCUUCAAUAUUCAGAGCCUCAGUCAAGAUUCUGGGGCCGAGAUAAGAACGUCCCCACAAUCGGCGUUAUUGCCGUGGUCUUAGCCACACAUCUGUGUGAUGAGGUCAGCUUGGCAGGUUUUGGAUAUGACCUCAGUCAACCCAGAAUGCCUUUGCACUACUUUGACAAUCUGUGCAUGGCUGCCAUGAACUGGCAGACGAUGCACAAUGUGACAGCAGAGACCAAGUUCCUCCAGAAGCUGGUCAGAGAAGGCGUGGUGACAGAUCUCAGCGGUGGCAUCCACUGUGAAUUCUGAACAGGGAAAACCUCUUGGAAAUGUAGCAGGGCCCAUGGGCUGUUCUGAAUCGUCUUCUGGAUGCCUUUUGUCCUGCAAAUACUUUGAAGUGCAGCUGGUGUUUUUAACUUUUAAUUUAAAGAAAACAAAGGCAAGAGUUUAGCUCUUCCCAUUUUCUAUUUAUUUGAAGACAGUGCUUGUUUUUUGCACAACAUUUCAUAAGUUACAUUUAAGAAUAGAAUUGGAAAGACUUUUACAAGAGAACUGUAUGGAAUGAUGUUUAUUUUAAGAAAGUAAUUUAAUUGGUGAGAACUCUGUCCAUGUAGUGUGCACAUCAAAUACCAGGUAAUGAAGUGGAAGUACAGGGAGGUCACCCUUUCCUUUGAUGACGGCCCUGAAUGCCUGAUUGGACUUUUCGGCUCUCUCUGGGAACCCAAGGAGGCUUCCAGUAACUAAGCCACUGGCAGCUGUGGGAGGCCUGGAGCCAGUUGGACAAGUUCAAGGACAACCCCCCCCCCACUAGUCUGCCCUCUGCUGGAGGAUUUGCAGAAUCAAUCAGGGGAGCUAUCCGAGUGUCCCCUGAGAACUGUGAAACUGCCCGGGGCUGCAGAAGCCACCGUCUUCCCAGCAAUUGUGAAGGCUCUUGAAUUUCUUGAGAAUUUUUUUAUUACCUUCCAAAACAUUUAAGUGUUAUCUAAGAUGUUCCUCUGUGUAUCUGAGGUGGCUGAAAAGAUGAGGACAAAACCUCUCUUUCCAGAGACAAGGGGAAUAAGCCCUUUCCAGGAAUAACCACAUUUUCUGAAACACUAAAAUGCAGUCCUCCCAGUGUUAUAAAUUGCUUACUUUAAAAAAAAAAAAAAAGCAGAUUUUUAAAUGCCUACCUGGCAGUGUGUGCCAAGCCAUGUGCUGGUGCAGGGGGAAAAAAAUAGAAAAAGAAUAAUAAAAGCUUUUGAGUCCUGUGGUCUAA